UGUGGUGGAGGGGAACAUGGCUGCUGUCGAGGCCUACAAGUCGUCCGGCGGUGACAUCGCCCGUCAGCUGACUUCAGACGAGGUCCGUCUCCUGAACCGCGCCACUGCCUUCAACGAUGGCUUUACGCUAGUUCACCUGGCCAUCCGCUUCCAGAGACAAGACAUGUUGGCCAUCCUUCUCACUGAGGUGUCCCAGCAGGCAGCUAAGUGUAUCCCUGCCAUGGUGUGUGGUGAGCUGACAGAACAGAUCCGCAGGGAGAUCGCUGCCUCUCUGCACCAACGUAAAGGAGACUUCAACUGUUACUUCCUCUCUGACCUGGUGACCUUCACUCUGCCCGCAGACAUCGAAGACCUGCCCACUGCAGUCCAGGAGAAGCUGUUUGACGAGGUGUUAGACCGAGAUGUACAGAAAGAGCUAGAGGAGGAGUCUCCCAUCAUCAACUGGUCCUUGGAGCUGGGUACCAGGCUGGACAGCAGACUGUAUGCCCUGUGGAACCGUACACAGGGAGACUGCCUGUUAGACUCAGUACUGCAGGCUACCUGGGGGAUAUACGACAAGGACUCAGUCCUCCGCAAGACCCUCCACGACAGCCUGCAUGACUGCUCUCACUGGUUCUACACACGGUGGAAGGAGUGGGAGUCCUGGUAUUCUCAGAGCUUUGGUCUCCACUUCUCCCUCCGAGAAGAACAGUGGCAGGAGGACUGGGCCUUCAUACUCUCUCUUGCCAGCCAGCCUGGUGCCAGCCUGGAACAGACUCACAUCUUUGUUCUAGCCCACAUUCUUCGUCGACCAAUCAUCGUGUACGGAGUGAAGUAUUACAAGAGUUUCCGUGGAGAGACGUUAGGCUACACUCGUUUCCAAGGUGUGUACUUGCCCCUGUUGUGGGAGCAGAGCUUCUGUUGGAAAAGUCCCAUCGCCCUGGGUUACACACGCGGACACUUCUCUGCCCUGGUCGCCAUGGAGAACGACGGCUACGACAAUCGCGGCGCGGGCGCCAACCUUAACACUGACGAUGACGUCACCGUAACCUUCCUGCCGCUGGUGGACAGCGAGAGAAAACUGCUGCACGUACAUUUCCUGUCUGCACAAGAGAUGGGUAACGAGGAGCAGCAGGAGAAGUUGUUGAGGGAGUGGCUGGACUGCUGUGUAACGGAGGGAGGCAUGUUGGCCGCAAUGCAGAAGUCGUCCCGUCGACGCAACCACCCACUGGUCACACAAAUGGUGGAGAACUGGCUGGAUGGAUACCGACAGAUCUGUCCCUGCGCCUCUCUCUCCGACGGGGAGGAGGAGGAGGAGGAGGAGGAGGAAGAUGAGUGAAGGAGGGAAGGACACAGUGACACAGACACAGGAGAGGGUGACCAAGAGGAUGAUGUGGCGUCACUGGAUGGGACUCGAGACCACUAGCAUCCUUCAUACGGUACCAUACGCCUCCUCACCUCAGAGAGAGAGGAUCCACGGUCUUCUGCGCUGCCGUCUGAGGCUGUAUCCCAAAGCACAUAGGGUUCUGGUCAAAAAAGUAGUGCGCACUAUAUAGGGGAAUAGGUUGGCAUUUGGGAUGCAGGCGGAGCGAUCGAUGGUCUCUCACUCUGCCGUCUCAGAAGCACUGAAGAGAGGAGACCUGCUCUGGUCCUGAAAGAACUCUUGUAACACAUUCUAGAAUCUCCUCAACAAAACCAUGGCAACAACAAUGGGUGCGUUCAUAAAUUCACUCUGGAGUGCGUUGUCAGUUCGUAAAUUCACUCUGGAGUGCGUUGUCAGUUCGUAAAUUCACUCUGGAGUGCGUUGUCAGUUCGUAAAUUCACUCUGGAGUGCGUUGUCAGUUCGUAAAUUCACUCUGGAGUGCGUUGUCAGUUCGUAAAUUCAGAGCGCACACUGGAACGCUCUGGCCGAGGAGUAGGGUUGAUCUGAACGUCCUGACCUCACAACGGCAAUCAAGCACACAAGCUAACUGGCUAAAGUGGGUUAGCUUGCUAGCUACUUCCAGACACAUAAUGAGAGAACACCUCACUCUGACCAUUUUACUCCCCCUAGCAGAGCUGGUUAGGCUGUUUACAUGUUAUCCAGAGCGUUGGUAACUGUAACUGUGCUGCCGGCAACAAUUGAAUUACGUUGUUUUUUUUUUGCAGAGGUUUACUGACACCGGUCGUAUUCAACGGGUGUGUUGCGCGUUUAUAAAUGAAUCAGUUAUUCUCUCACACUGACGACAUUCUGUUCUGAAAUGGGAGUCGACAGCCAGGGUGACUUUACGAACGCACCCAAGGACAAACAACGACCACCAAGUAGCCACCCGUAAUAUUUCAAAUAAAGAACUAUAGUUUGUGAAAUGUUAAUCGUCUUUAAAAUAAUAAACGCAUGAGUUUUAUAAAUGAUGUACUAGGAAACAAAGUGAUUACCAGCAUCGAAGUGGAACACAGGAAUCCUCCAUUGACUAUCACUACUAUGGACAUCGACCUACGAAAAACCACGUUACUUUAAUACACAUGUUUCUCUACUCCGUU